AUGAUUCGUUUCAUUCUGAUUCAAAAUCGUGCCGGGAAAACUCGUUUGGCAAAAUGGUACAUGAAUAUCGACGAUGAUGAAAAACAAAAAUUAAUCGAAGAAGUUCACGCUGUCGUGACCGUUAGAGAUGCUAAACAUACAAAUUUCGUAGAGUUUAGAAAUUUCAAAAUAGUUUACAGGAGAUACGCCGGCCUUUAUUUUUGCAUUUGCGUCGACGUGAACGACAAUAACCUUUGCUAUUUAGAAGCCAUACAUAAUUUUGUCGAAGUUUUGAAUGAAUAUUUUCACAACGUGUGCGAACUUGAUUUAGUUUUUAAUUUUUACAAGGUAUACACUGUGGUAGACGAAAUGUUUUUGGCUGGCGAAAUAAGAGAAACAAGUCAAACCAAAGUAUUGAAACAACUCUUGAUGUUGAAUUCCCUGGAAUAA